AUGGAGAACAGCAGCAGCAGCAAGUUCGACAGCCCCACCAACAUAUCCCUGGUGGGCAGCGAUAGCCCACUGGAUGUUCUCGAAUACAAGGUCAUCUCUGUCUUCCUGGUGUUGGGCAUCUGCGGAGUUGGCAUCAUCGGCAACGUCAUGGUGGUGCUGGUGGUCCUCACCACACGUGAGAUGAGGACUCCCACCAACUGCUACUUGGUUAGCCUGGCUGUGGCUGAUCUGAUGGUUCUGGUGGCUGCUGGCCUGCCCAACAUCUCUGACAGCCUGGCAGGAACGUGGAUCUAUGGGUUUGCUGGGUGUCUUGGCAUCACCUUCUUUCAGUACUUGGGCAUCAAUGCAUCAUCCUGCUCCAUCACUGCCUUCACUGUGGAAAGGUACAUUGCUAUCUGCCACCCAAUGAAAGCACAGGCGAUGUGCACGGUGUCGCGGGCCAAGCGCAUCAUCACCUUUGUCUGGAUCCUCACCUCAGUGUACUGCACCCUGUGGUUCUUCCUGGUGGACAUUGCUGUCAACAAAAGCCAGCAGCUGGAGUGCGGCUACAAGGUCUCCCGCAACCUCUACCUGCCCAUCUACCUCCUCGACUUCGCCCUCUUCUUCGUCACCCCUUUGUUCCUCGCCACGGUGCUCUAUGGUCUCAUCGGGAGGGUCCUCUUCCGCAGCCCCAUGCCACACCAGCCCACUGCCUGCACCCAACGCUGGCAAGACCAGAGUGGCAAAGUAAGGAUCAGCAAAGAGAGGAAUGGCACAGAGGCCAGCCGGAGCAAGGCCAGUGGCUCGAGAACCAGAGUGCCUGUCUCGUCCAGGAAGCAGGUGACCCAAAUGCUGGCCGUGGUGGUGGUCCUCUUUGCCCUCCUCUGGAUGCCCUACCGGACUCUGGUGCUGGUGAACUCCUUCAUGGAGCGCCCCUACCUGAACCGCUGGUUCAUCCUCUUCUGCAGGGUCUGCGUCUACGCCAACAGCGCCAUCAACCCCAUCAUCUACAACCUCAUGUCCCAGAAGUUCCGCCUGGCCUUCAAGAAGCUCUGCAAGUGUGGGAAGGUGGAGCAGCAGUCAAGGCACAGAUUCUACACAGCCUCCAGCAUGAAGAAGGAACCUGCCGCCCACCCGCAUGGGGACAUCAAGGCUAAGGGGCCACCGUCCCCAGGAGGAGGCAAAGAGGAGGACUUGCCUGCUUUGGAGCAGGUGCCUGCACCUGAGAAAGAGAAGGAGAAGGAGCCAUAUUUCAGUGUGCUCUAA